CUGAAUGAGCCGGAACCGGGAGUAGCCCCAACAGAUAGCCGGCUACGACCAGAUCAACGGCUUAUGGAAGAGGGCAAAUGGGACGAGGCUAAUAGUAAAAAGCUUGAGCUCGAAGAAAAACAGCGAGCCGUGCGGAGAAAACGUGAAGCACAACUAGAGAAAGCCAUGCAACAAGGUCUGUCGUACGAAGAAUAUCAGCCAAAAUGGUUCCAAAAAACUCAGGAUGAGAUCACAGGCACACUUAUUCAUAAGUAUCUCGGCGAGUAUUGGGAAAAGAAAGAACAAGGCGACUGGUCGGGUUGUCCAACAAUAUUUUGA